AUGUUUUCACUGAAUGGACAGCUAUACGCUCUUAGUAGGGGGUGCACCCGUGUACUGAAGAUGUCAAGCACAGGUACAUGGGAGCACACGCCCGCAAUUGUUCCUUCGAGACUUGCAAACGUCGACCGCGAGACCUGCGUCUUCACGUGGACACAUGAGUCUAUAAGCCCUGACUUAGCAAGAGACAGAGCUGCGUGUACUGCUUAUCUUUAUCAAUUGUCCCAGGGCAGCCUCUUCUUAAUAGACUCUACCCUAAGUUUCAAGGCCAUAGGGUCAGGUCCGGUGGGCCACCAAGGUGUUAUUGCCGCUACGCACAGCCACAUAUACAUUAUCCUCACGGAAACUACUGUAGCGUCCGCUCCAGGCCACUCAAGGGUCUACGUCUUUGAGCUUGAAACACAUAUCUUCUCAUCUACUGACAUAGAUAUAAAUGGUGUUCCGCUCUUUGCACAUAGCUUUGAGGGAACCAUAUUGCUACUUGUCCUUCGCAGGAAGGGUACUCAUAGCGAGCUGGGCAUUCUCAAGCUUCUCAAGAAGGGAAACAAAAUCACCGUCAACGAGCUGAUAGUAGAUGACGCUGUUUGUGAUGCCUACCACAUGACAGUUAUCUUCCAAAACAGGUAUAUCUUGAGUUUUUUCCAAGCAUCGGGUCGAGAGUUGGUCAGGGUGUACGACUCUAUAAGCGGAGUGUUCAUUAUGUUUCCGUCCAAUAUACGCCCAGCGCUUUUUACUGAUGUCACUGGUGUGGUCCACAAGAAGCUGUGCAGGAUUAUUAUGCGGACGGGGUCGAUUGACCUCCCAGAGGAAAUUAUCGACAUUCUCUAUCGUAUCAAUGCUUGCAAAACAGAAUCAUCCAGCACGAUCCCUAUUCCACAAGCAGAGUUUCAUCCGAAUGGAGCUCAGCCUAGUACACCCCGAGCCCUUUUUACCAAGAACCCUCUCUUUUCGCUCAAUGGGUCUUUGCAGGUAUCUAACAUACCACUCAUAGAGGGAACUUUGUCGCGAAUGCUGACUCGAAGAUCUUCAUCCAGCCAGAGAGCAGCAACCCCAACCAUGAACUAUACUCUAACGGCGCUUUCUCCCGCGCGAGGCAGCAAUACCAAGACUCAGAAGGCAUAUAGAUCGGUAUCGGCUAAUGCUUCCAGUAACACUGCGCCUGUUGGUCCACAGAGCAAGCCUGGAGCUCACUGCAAUCAAGAAAUUGUGCCUUUAGGCGUCAAAGCUUUGCAAAGCGAGAUGGCUCUUCUCAAAGGCCGAAACAUACAGCUUGAGCAAGAGCUUCACAAGACGCGAUCGGAAGUGCUUGAAUUGAAAGCUCAAGUCUUCUACCUUACCGAUAUUGUCGAGUCCCUCAAACAGAGGGUACCUAGAACAGCUUAUGGGUGA